CUAUCUGUUUCCAGGUUGUGGAGGAUACCUGAUCGUGGGGUGGUGGGUGGGUAUCUUCAUUUUAUCCCCAGAACACUCGCCUGUGAAAUAGGUUGAGCUGAGAAGCAGUGAGCCCUAUAUUACCAUAAUCAUAGCGGACUUGAACUUGGUUUUUCCAGGCCUAAUGCAAUCAGUCCUAAUAAUUACUGUGUUACACUGUAUGCUGUCAUGCAAAGAGGAUUAUUAAUUGUUCUUAUUUGUGCACAACUCCAAAAUAGUAAGUUUCUCUUGAAGAUGAAGUUAGGACUCUUCUGUAUAUCUCGGCUUUGUGGAAGAUAGUUUUGGUACAAGGAUGCAUUGUUCCAUUGUUGAAUAGAGGUGGUUGGUGCAGUAACAUAAGAAAAUUCCAUCAUUGCUCUGCUUCAAACCCGUUUUUUUUUUACUUUGUUUUAAUGCUUUGUAAUUUUAACCUGCUUUUAUAUUUAUGAUUGUUUUUAUCCGUAUUUUUAUUACAUGGUAAGUUUCUCAGAGUCACCUUGAACUGCAAGAUGGGCAGAAUAUAAAUUUAAUAACUAAUAAUGUAACUACUGAUUUAGAUAAUUUAGGCUACUUAUUCAUGUGUUUGUGGAGCCAUCAUUGAAAAAAAUUCAAACAUUAACUAUGACUCCACAAUGCUGUUACAAAAUCAAGACCAAAACAUUAAAAGUCACAUGUGCAUAAUAAAAAUAAGUAAAAAUCUAACACAACUUAAGCAUCAUUUAGUUAAAACCAACAUAAAGGCCAAAUGGCCCUUGGAAAAUGCUUCUUUAAUUUUCAAAACGCCUACAGGUAGUGGUUGGAUUAUGAUAGAACUGGAAUUUCUAUCACUAUGCAAUGUGUUUGUAAAGCAGGACGUGCCACAUGGCCACAUUGCACAGCAACAGCAGUCCUGGAAGUACUGUGAUGUGACUGUGAUGUGGCAAAAGGCAGAAACCACAGGCAAGCAGGUUGAUGGGUGAGAGCUAUAGUUUAGAGCCACAGAAAGGCUGGUGGGUGCUACGGAGCAUGAAUGGGUAGAUGGGUUGGUUGUUGUCCUAGGAAAGUAACUAUUGCAAGCAGAUGCUACAGAGCAUGGGGAAAUGCCCUGGCCAGACACUGGGAAGCAAGCAUAAGGAAGCAAAAAAGUAAUGGGAGCGACUUGCGACCUGCCAACUUCCCACUGACUUUCCUUGUGUAGCAGAUGACAAUUAUGUGCCCAACUCAUGUGCAGCCAGUCUGAUUGAAAUCUAGCCCAUAUUUCUUUAGAGGACAGAUAUAUUAAAACUAGUAUGAUUUAUUAGCCAGAACUGUUUCAUGUGUAGAGUGUUGGUUGCAUAAUACCAAACAUCCAUUUCAAUUUGCUUAUGUGAAUGAUUUAAGAUCAGUUUCUAUAGAUAAUGCUGCAUGAAAAAUCAGAAGCGUGAAUCAGUUCACACACGUGUGUGAGUAAUUGAAUGCUUAUGUAAGCUAGCACUUUCUUUAUUGUGAAGAAUGUUUGCCUCAAUGAAAGUUUAGAAGCAAAACAAUUACAAAUACAAAGGGGGAAUAAAUAGUGGGUUUAAGGCUAUUAUCUUUGAAAAUACUGUGUACUGUACUUGGAGAGGUAACAAUUUUCUAUCUUAAAGAGAGCUCUCUUUUUCCCCUUAUUUUAGAAUGCACACAGGUUGUUAGAUCAAUAUGCCAAACCGUAAGAACUAAUACAGCCUUAGGAUAUCCACAUAUAAAAUCAGUUAAGGGUUUUUGUUUUGCUUUGUUUCUUCUGAACUUUCAAAGGAGUUGUAUUUUUGCAUCUCAUUAGCUAUAAAAUAAAUUUAGUCUCUUGACACCAAUGGGAAUAAUCUUCAUACACUUCAUCAUUGUAGCAAUAUUAAAUAGAGCGUUGACAAAAGGAACAUUGCUAUUUGUUUCUUUUACUCCUCUUGUGAGGUUUAUAAUUUAAUAUCCAAUUUUUGCUUGAAAUUGAUAUUUUUAUGUCUCCCCCUUUCUCUUGGUAGUACCUAUUUUCUUUAAAUAAAUUCCUGAAAUAUACUAACAUUUAUACGUGAUAUAAAGAUAAUUGUUUUCUAUAUCUAAUAUCGUCAUUUUUAGAACUAGAGAGAAAAGUAAGAAAAGUAUUAGACAGUUAUUUCAGCAAUACCAAUAAUACAUUUCUUCAUACCUAUGUUCUGUUAUUAGCAAAGCUAACUCUGUUUCUCUCAUAGGUAAGAUUCUAUUAUGCCGGCCGGAUUCUUCCGGGUGUGCUUGGUGGUAAUAACAGCUAUUAUCAACCAUCCACUUCUCUUCCCAAAGGAAAAUGUUACUGUUUUUGAAAACACAGAAGAAAUCAUUGAAAAGAUGAAAGAGCGUGAAGAGAACCUGAGGCUAGAGCAGCUGAAACUGGAGCAGGAACUAGCAGCACAAGAGGUUUCAGUAGAUUCUUCAGAGGAGAAGACUGGAUCAGAAAAACAAUAUGACCAUGAUUCCCUUUCUUGGAAUUUCUGGACUGUUUUGUCCAUGAUAGUCUUCCUUCUGAUUGAAUUCUGGAGACAGGAUUACCAGGAAGGGAUCUGGCAAGAUUAUACCAAAGAUGAUGAUGAAAUUAAUGUCCUGGGAAAAACAUUCAAGGGUUUUAUUCUACCAGACAAAGUCACAUUGGACAGUUUUUAUGAAAGAUGCCUCCAGAAUGUGACAAGUGAUAUUGCUAGGAACCGAGAGCUUGUGGAAGGCUUUGCAGAUGACUUAUUAGAAGCUUUGAGAAGUGUGUGUAACCGAGAUACUGACAUGGAAGUGGAAGAGUCUAUAGGAGUUGGGAGCAUGUAUGAAAACUGGAGAGCAAAUAAGCCUUUUACUUGUGAUUUCAUUGUUCCCUUUAAUCCCCCAGAGCCAUACUGUUUCCAAUUUGAGACCUGGUGUUCGGGAGAGUCUAUUCUACCAGACAAAGGAAGUUAUGGUAUGAUAAAAAUCAUCCGGUCAUAUGAUAACUCAUCAAGUUGUAUCUGUGAUAAAACUAAAUUGGGGGAAGAUUUACUUUGUCUGCUUCAUAGCAAAGCAAGCCAAACUAGGCAGAGUAACCAUAUGGAAGAUCUCCUUUGCUCCAAAGACACUCAGUAUCUUGAUUCUGAUCAGGUUAUGACAUGGUUCCAGAUGGCACUUACCAAGGGAUGGAAUAAAAUUGCACACAAGUAUGAAUUCAGUCUGCUUUUCAAUCACCUGGAUACUCCAGGUGCCCUGAAAAUCAAGUUCAGGUCUGGAAAAACCAUCACAUUCAAUCUCAGGCCUGUGGUACAAUAUGCAGAUUCUGAUGUAUAUUUUAUCUCUCACUUUCCAUUCAAUAGCUUCACCAGCAACACUCACUGGUUUCUCACCUUUACUGUGUACGAGAAGAGAUAUAUCCAGUUUAUUUCCAAAACUUUGCCUGCUAAUCCUUGCCACCUCAGUUGCCUCCAGAUUUUGUCUUUUCUUCAUGGAAAACAGUGCAGUCUGACAGAACCGAGUAGCCUGACAAACUACCAUUUUAAAACAGUAAUACUGCAUUUGCUACAAAUCCAUCCUAGUUCAGCGUGGACUUCUGACUGUCUGGAGGCCAGGCUGCAAGAUGUACUCAACUUUUUGGAGAAAAGCUUGCAAGAAAAAAGACUUUACCAUUUUUUCAUUGGAAAUAGAAAUCUGCCACAGGAACUGGGUGUUCCAGUGGAGUUUCAAAAGGCAGAACCACUGAAUCUUUUCCGGCCCCUAGUAUUGCAACGAAACACUUACAGAAAAGCUAUGGACAUGUUCCACGAGAUGCUUAAAAAUACAUUGGCUUUAAUUAAUGAAUAUUCCACGAAUGUUCCAAAUGGACAGGCAACUCCACUAAAUAAAGAUCUUCUCUGAGAGCUCCUCCUUUGACUGCUACCAUACAGUAUAUGCAAAUCUCCCCAGGGGAGAAGAUGUAUACAUGUGGUAGAAUUUACAGAUAUCUAUAUGACAAAUACCAUUUUCAUUUUCUUUCCAAUGGGCUGAUAUUUAUGCAACUUUCAACAUUUUUACCACUGCAUUUCUUUGUUGUAAUGAGCUUAAGCAAGGAAGAUCAUUUUUAAUUUAUUAUAUUACAGUUUUAAGAAUAUAGCGGUAUAUGUGUUAAGUGUUUUAUUAUUGCUGCUGUGGCAAAGUACCAUAGCCAGACUGAAAAAGAAUGCCUUAUUUACAAGGUCUAACAUAGUUAAUGAGAGAAGGAUGAUGUACAAUUAAGUAAUAUAUAUUCUGUUUUGUUCCUUUCCUUUGGCAUAAAACUCUACUGCCAAGAUUUUUUAAAUGUAAUUUUAAGUUAGUUUAGAUAUAUGUAGAAAAUAAUGGUUCAGUAUAACUUUAUGCAUUUGACAGUGCAAUUCCAAAUAAUGCCUUUAGAAGCAGAUCCUACUAAAUUUGGGACAGCUUACUUCUAAGGGAUCUCAACUUAAUAGGCUUGACAUAUUGGAGUCAGAAAUUCUUGAGCAGAUCCAACUUUGCCCAUCUUCACUGAAAUGAAUUCACCCCUUUAAAUCCCCAAAUCUGAGCUUUGCCAGGAUUAUUAUCAGCCAAAUGCUUUUUAAAAAGUCCAUUCACUUGGAAGAUGGGACUUUUUUUUGACUUUCUGCUCUCUGGACUGCAUUUCCUUCUAUUUCUUACAUAAGAGGCUUGCUUUGCCACUCUGUUCCAAUGGCAAUUACUAAUUUUCAGAGGAAAAAGGGCCAAAUUGCUAUUUUUGUGCAGCAAAAGUCAAUGAAUAGUCUGAAGUGAAGACUGCUUAAAAACCAAUGAUUGAAUUAGAAAUACUAUAGACAAGAUCACUUAUCUAUAUACAAGCUAUCGUGUGUGUGUGUGUGUGUGUGUGUGUGUGUGUGUGAGAGA